UCUCGAGGUUAGAAACAAAUAAAUAUGAGUCAAGGAAGAAGCCCUUAUUUUUUUGUCACAUAAUAAAUAAGGUAGGUUCGUCAUCUUCAUUGAUACACACCGAAAGCUUCUCCUCAAUGGAGACCUCAAAGGAUCGUUCAUCUCUUCAAAAGAAUCUCCUCCAAAGUGAUGCUCUUCACGAGUACAUAUUGAAGACGAGUGUAUACCCAAGAGAGCAUGAACAACUCAAGGGAUUGAGAGAGGAGACUAUCAAAGUACACGAGAGGGCUGGGAUGAGCGUGCCCCCUGAAGAGGGGCUUCUCAUUUCUAUGCUACUGAAGCUUAUGAGUGCGAAGAAAACAAUAGAGAUCGGGGUUUUCACUGGCUAUUCUCUUCUCGCUACUGCUUUGGCUUUGCCAGAGGAUGGAAAGAUAACGGCGAUUGAUCCUGAUAGGUCGGCUUAUGAGAUAGGAUUACCCUUUAUUCAGAGAGCAGGAGUUGAGCACAAGAUCAAUUUCAUUGAGUCUGAAGCUCUUCCCGUUCUUGACGAAAUGACUCAGGAGAUGAAAGAAGAAGAACUCUACGACUUUGCAUUUGUCGACGCCGACAAGCCAAACUACGCCGAGUACCACGAGCGACUACUGAAGCUCGUCAGGGUCGGAGGGGCGAUCGCCUACGACAACACGCUCUGGAUGGGGACCGUGGCAAUACCGGGGGACGAGUCCCUUCCUCUGCGUUUAAGGCUCGGCAGGGACGCAACAAUCGCGCUGAACCAGUUCUUGGCAGCUGACCACCGCAUCGAGAUAUCGCAGGUGCCGAUAGCCGACGGGCUCACCGUCUGCAGGCGCGUUUGUUGAUCCGUGCUGUUGUCCUUUGUUCACUAAGAGUUAUAUGUAUGUACGUAUGUACUUCAAAUUUGUUUGGAGUGAUUUCUUGCUUGAUGUCAGCUUACGCUAGUUUGUGAAUUGAAUGUGAAAAUUGCCAUUAUUUCUCUUUAAA